CAUCGGAUUACUGUUGCUAACGGCCGAAGGAUGAAGGCUCUGAUUCUGGUUGGGGGGUACGGGACCCGGCUGCGACCUCUCACCCUGAGCGUCCCCAAGCCGCUCGUGGAGUUCUGCAAUAAGCCCAUUCUUCUGCACCAAGUGGAGGCUUUGGUGAAGGCCGGAGUGACCCACGUGGUUCUGGCUGUGAGCUACAUGUCAGAGCUGCUGGAGAGAGAGAUGAGAGUCCAGGAGCAGAGACUCGGGAUUCGGAUCUCUCUGUCUCACGAGAAGGAGCCUCUGGGAACCGCGGGGCCCCUGGCGCUGGCUCGAGACCUGCUGAACAUCGACAACGAGCCGUUCUUCGUCCUCAACUCGGACGUCAUCUGUGAUUUUCCCUUCAAAGAUCUGCUGCAGUUCCACCGCAGCCACGGCAAGGAGGGAACCAUCGUGGUGACGCGCGUGGAGGAGCCCUCCAAGUACGGCGUGGUGGUUUACGAGUCGGACAGCGGGACGAUUCAGCGCUUCGUGGAGAAACCGCAGGUCUUCGUCUCCAACAAGAUCAACGCCGGCAUGUACAUCUUCAAUCCCAGCAUGCUCGGCAGGAUCCAGCUCAGACCAACUUCGAUAGAGAAGGAAAUCUUUCCCGUCAUGGCAGAGGAGGGUCAUCUGUACGCCAUGGAGCUGCAGGGUUUCUGGAUGGACAUCGGUCAGCCGAAGGACUUCCUCACGGGGAUGUGUUUGUACCUUCAGUCGCUACGGCAACACGCCCCGGAGAGGCUGCACACGGGGCUCGGUUUCCUCGGCAACGUCCUGGUGGACCCGACGGCGCAGAUCGGGCAGAACUGCACCAUCGGCCCGAACGUCACCAUCGGCGCCGGCGUGGUCGUGGAGGACGGCGUGAGGAUAAAACGGUGCACGGUGCUGAAGGGGUCCAGGGUCCAGUCGCACUCCUGGUUGGAGAGCUGCAUCGUGGGGUGGAGCUCGUCUGUGGGUCAGUGGGUGCGUAUGGAGAACGUGACGGUGCUGGGAGAGGACGUGAUCGUGAACGACGAGCUUUACCUGAACGGCGCCAACGUCCUGCCUCAUAAAUCCAUCAGCGAGUCGGUCCCGGAGCCGCGAAUCAUCAUGUAGCGUCGGGCCGCGGCAGGAGAGAAUCCCAGAGAGUUCUCUGAACUGAAUCAUACGGUGCCAGAGAAACGAAGCCGGAAGAACAAGCAGCUUUACGCCUUCUCCUUUAUUACAAUUAAUACGGACCCGUUUUAGCCGCCUACGACUGCGUCGUCCACCGGUGAGAAAUCACGGCGCACGUCAAGAGUAGACGACAAGGUUAGUUAAAUGUCGAACACGUCGGGCGCUCGUGUCCCAAACGGGAUGGAUGGAAACGGAAAAAGAAACGAGGAAGGGGUUUGUACGCGGUGGAGGGAUUACGAUGGGUGGUGGGUUAGAGAGCAAAAUGAAGACUAGAUUAUGGGCUCACACAGCGAAGGAUUAAACGUUUAGACAUAACGACGCAGAGGUUC